AUGAUUUUCAAAGGCGGCCUGCCCGAGUGGCGUCCAUACGGCAACUCGCUGCUCUCGGUGACGCCCGAGGAGAUCAGCAAAUUCGACCUGUCGGACAAGUCGUCGCUGACGGGCGUCGUGAUUGCGGUGCCGGCAACCUGCAUCUCGCUCAUCACCGUGAUCGUGUCGCUGCGGCUGCUGCUGCGACGACACACCAUCGGCCGUCUCUUGGUGGACGACUACCUGAUCGUGCUCGCGUCCGUCUUCACGAUCGUCGUGUGUUCCUCCGUGCUUGCCGCCUCCCAGUAUGGUCUCGGAAAGCACAUCUGGAACCUGGACUUUGUCACCAUCAUCCCGCACCUGAAGAGAUGCAUCCGGUUCAUGUUCGUGGCCAACGUCUUUUACGCCCUGGCCAUCUGCUUCACCAAACUCUCAAUCGUGUCGUCGUACGUCUACAUCUUUGAUCCGCACGGCCGGCUCAAGGUGCUCAUGUACGGGACGGCAACCGUGAGCACCGGCCUCGGCAUCGCAGCGCUGCCGGCCACCAUCUUCGAAUGCCUACCCGUGCACGCGGCCUGGGACGUGACCUAUGUCGGCGCCAAAUGCUACACCUUUGUCGACUUUCUGUACGCCAGCACGGCCAUCAGCGUGGUCACCGACAUCAUGCUCUGCGUCAUACCGAUCCCGCUCCUCUGGCGGCUACAGCUGCCAUUGCGCCAGAAGCUGCUCAUCUCGACCCGGUCGACGUCACACGUGAGAUGCCCUCUCUUCAUCCGCACACCACACUUCACACCUGCUGACCCAACAGACGACCUCGUCUCGUCCGUCAUGUGGACCAUUGCCGAGUGCACCAUCGGCAUCGUCUGCGUGUCGCUGCCGCCGCUACGCUUGCUCAUCGUCCGUGUCAUGCCGGACCUGUUCCACCUCCACAGCAGCCAGUCCAGCCGGCCGACCGAGGAACAGUUGCCGCGAGACCAAUCAUUGAGCUCGAGCCGGAUGCGCAGACUGAAAUUCAGCCGGCUCGGCCGGUCCGAUCGGUCCGACCGAUCCGCCCACAGACAGUGGUCGCAGAAGACGGUCGACGUGGUCAUGCUGUCGUCGGUGUCGUCGCAGCCGUCACAGCUGCCCCAGCCGUCGUGGAUGCCACGGACGCCACCCAAUAAUGCCUUUAUCCUGCCGCGCCACCAGAGCCUCGGCAUUGGGGAUAUAGGCAUGUCCGUGAUGAUCAGCGCCGGCCCCGACACCUAUCACGACCGAGGCUGGGACCGAGACCGCGCCCGAUCCACGACCUUGGCUACUACCGCCACCGACAGCACGCUCGUCGGCUCUCCCAAGGUCUCGUCCAUGCUGACAACGGCUGACGGAAAGGCACGACAGUCGCUCGGCUCCCUGCACGACUCAGAGGUCCCGUUGAGCUUGGGGUGA